GCCGAGCCAAGUCAACACCCAAAGGCGCUCCAUCCGAUUUCCCCGAACCCCAGAGAGCGACUCCACGCGGGAUGCAGAUUGCGGGGGGUCUAUAAAAGGCUUGAAUCGUCUCCUCCCGUCCAGGUCUCCAACUCAACAACCUCCAUCAAUCUAACCAUCUUCCCUCUGUCGCAAUGCUUUCCCACUCGGAUAACUUCGAGGGGCUUGCCCUCAAAGAUGUGAUUCCAAAGGAUCGCAAGCCUUGGUGGAAGGACUGGACUCUUCUGAAACUUAACACGCUCCUCCUAUGCGCCCUCAUCACACAGAUCGCAUCAGGCUACGACAGCAGCAUGCUCAACGGAAUGCAAUCGCUGCCGCAGUGGCAAAAAUACUUCGGCAGUCCAACAGGCACACGACUCGGCGCCAUGACCUUUGGCCCGACGGGAGGCAUCCUCAUCUCCGUACUCGUCUCUUCCCAGCUCUGUGAGAAGUUCGGGCGCCGCUGGCCGAUUUGCGGAGGGUCGAUCAUCAUCAUCUUCGGCUCGAUCCUGCAAACUGCAGCUAUCAACUACGGCAUGUUUGUGGUCUCCCGGUUCUUUGUUGGUUUUGGAUUGGGAAUCGUUGCUACCGCGGCACCCCCUUUGCUCACAGAGGUGGCGUAUCCAACCCACCGCGGCAAACUCGUUUCUUUCUACCUUGUCACUUGGUCGCUGGGCUCCCUGAUCGCUGCCUGGAUCACGUACGGCACGUUUAAAAUGUCUGGAUCCUCGUGGAGCUGGCGGAUCCCGAGUGUCCUCCAGUGCUCAUUCUCGCUGGUUCAAGCUGUGCUGAGUGUGUUCGCCCCGGAGUCCCCACGUUGGUUGAUUUACCAAGGCCGCCACGAAGAAGCGCUCGCAAUCCUGACCAAGUAUCACGGCGAUGGUGAAGCGACACCCCUUGUACGCUUCGAAAUGGCGGAGAUUACGGCAACCCUCGAGAUGGAAAAGAUUCAAAAGGCAUCGCGCUGGACGGAAUGGAUCGCCACCAAAGGAAAUAAACAUCGUCUCUUCAUCGCCCUCUACAUCCCAGCCAUGUUGCAAUGGUCCGGCAAUGCCCUUACAUCCUAUUACCUGUCCAAGGUUCUCAAUACGAUUGAUAUUACCGACUCCAAGGUCCAGCUAAUCAUAAACGCCUGCCUAUCCGUCUGGUCUUUUUUGACCGCCGCCUUCUUUGCCCUGUUGGUCGAUCGUGCAGGACGGCGCCGGCUCUUCCUUUGUGGAAUGGGCGGGAUGGGCCUCGCCUACAUCAUCUGGACCAUCUGCUCCGCCCUCAACGAAAAGAAGCACUUUGAAGACAAGGGCUUCGCCGGCGCCGUCCUCGCAAUGAUCUUUGUCUUCAGCGCCGCAUACCACAUGUGUUCGCCCGUCGCACCCACAUACAUCAUGGAAGUCGUCCCCUUUUCGCUCCGAGCCAAGGCGUCGAUGAUGUAUCAACUAACAGGCAACCUGGCGGGUCUCUACAACAGCUUCGCGAACCCGGUAGCGAUGGAUGCAAUUUCAUGGCGAUACUAUAUCGUCUGGUGCUGCGUUAUUGCUGUCAACUUUGUUAUCAUCUUCCUGUUCUUCCCGGAGACCAAGGGCAAGGCGCUUGAAGAGGUGGCGGAGAUCUUCGACGGACCAGAUGCGUUGGCGGGGGUUAAUGCGAUGAGGCAGAUGGGCUUGGAUGUCAAUGCCGACAAGGCGGUUGCGGUGGGCGAGUCCGGGAAGGCGGCACAUGUUGAGCGGGCUUGAAGGUGGAUCUCUGGUGGGUUUUGGAACUACAUCUUGGUAUAGGACGAGGAGGUGUUGAAUAUUAUACUGGGGAUAGCCGGCUUUACACAAAGCAGAAUACAUUGUGACCUAAUUCUCUAAAAUCUGAGUCGUGCAGCUUAAUCACUGGUGU